AUGAUGCAGUGCAGUCGCAUGGCAGCUGCGCGCUCUCAGCUUUCUCGAGCCUUCUCGUCGCGAACCGUUUCGUCGCCAGUGGUUGCAGUGCUGUUCCAGGACAUCGAUCCCCCUGUUAUCAAUGGCAUACGGAAACCCCGCAAACCUGGAGGAUACCAAGACUCCGGCGCAGACAUCGCCUACAUCCUCCAACGACUCGGCGUGGGUGUGAUCACGCCCAGUGCAACACCGGACGUCUUCUCCCAGGAAGGCUGGUGCUUCUCCGACACAGAAGAUGGCAUCCUAUCUGCCGUCCAACGCGGCGCCACCCACCUCUGGGCCAACACGAUCCUCUUCUCCUCACAUCCCCUCCAGACCUCGACGGAACUCACUCCAAUCUCCGACACGCUCCGCGUAAUCGGCCAACCGCCGAGACUGGUCGAGGACUUCGACGAUAAAGCCUAUCUGAACGCUAAGCUUCGCGAGACGGGCGCGUUCUCACUUCCUCAAUCGUGGGUGGUUGAUGCGUCUGCAUCCCCGUCACGAUCCCGGGAUGUAAUAAAGUCCGUCAUCGAUGGGGUUGCGAGCGCGUCAUAUCCUGUCGUUGGGAAACCGGUGCGAGGUCGUGGUAGUCAUGGUGUGAAGGUUUGUCGGUCCCCCGAGGAACUGAGGGGCCAUGUUGAAACUCUACUUCUAGAAUCGCCUAUUGUUAUGCUUGAGGAGUUCCUUGCGGGGGAGGAAGCUACAUUGACUGUUUUCCCUCCGGAUGCUCAUCAUGAUCAUUACUGGUGCCUGCCGCCUGUGACGCGGUUUAACCAUGCCGAUGGCAUUGCGCCGUACAAUGGUGUCGUGGCUGUAACGAAGAAUUCGAGGAUGGUUAGUCCCGAGGAGAUGGCUGCGGACCCGGCGUACGGCGAGGUGAUGGAUCAGUGUGCUGGGGUCGCGGAGUUGAUUAAGACCACGGCGCCGAUUCGUAUUGAUGUAAGGAGACGGCGUGAAGGGGGGGCGUUCGUGCUGUUUGAUAUUAAUAUGAAGCCGAACAUGACUGGCCCCGGUCGUCCUGGCCGUGAGGAUCAAGCCAGUCUCUCGGCCAUCGCUGCUUCUGGGGUCGGCUGGGACUAUCCCACGUUGCUGCUGAAGAUGCUACAGUGUUCUCGUACGUUGGCCGAGCUUCGUAAUUAUUUCAGCCCAUUUUAA